CCGCAUCAAGCCCUCCCCCCGCCUCUUUUCCCCUGCCUCUUUCCCUCCGCCUCUUUCUCUCGCACACACACACACAUUAGCACGCGCGCACUUGCCUGCCACCCUCCUUGUCUGCUCGGCAUGCGUGAGGUUAUUACUUUGCAAUUUGGCGGCUUCGCCAACCACGUUUCUGCGCACUAUUGGAAUGGCGUCCUUGCGGACGCGGCCACGCAUAAGACCCCGGGAUCGCUGCUCCGCCAGCUGGCCAAUGGAUCUUAUGUCCCUCGUUCGAUUGUCGUUGAUCGCCGACAGAACUGCCACUUCCUGGCCUCGGCCUCCGAGGGCCUUACCUCGGCAGUGAGCGAGCUGAAUGAGCGCGGUCAGCGCGCGGCGAAAUUGGCCUCGGCUCCGGCUCCGUCUUUCGCGGACUUUGGCUCGGCUGCCUCCCUCUUCUCCGGCCUUGACCUGGGCUUUUUGACCGGCGGCGCUGGGCUCGUGUCUGCCGCGCCCGAGCGAACCUAUCCCGCCUGGGACCAUGGUCUGGAAGUGUGUGCCACCGAUACCGAUGCCGACAUCGGCGGCGAGGAGCCCCUGACACACGAGACGGUGGCUGCCGCGCGGAAAGACCCCACGUCCACGCCUGCCUCAAUUGCCGACGUCGAGUCCGCUGCCUACGGCUUCUGGCCUCAGUACCUGUCGCAGCCCCUGCAUGAUAGUACUGCCCGUUUCCUGCUUGGGUCGGCAAAUGAUGGACUGGUUGAUGCCGGCUUCUCCGGUGCACAUGCCUGGGAUCUGGGCCAGGACGUCUUCCGCGAAUUUCUCCAUGAGUCCUUUACGGACGCCCUCCGGCGCGAGGCGGAACUCUGCGACUCGCCGGCCGGCGUUCAGCUUAUCUUUGAUGUCAACGAUGAGGCCCUGAGCUCGGCGGCCUGUGCGGCCAUGGAGCAGUCUGUGGCCGAUGAACUUGGCCUGCGCGGAAUCUUCUCCCUGCCAGUCUGGCAGCAGACCGAUGUACUGAGCGACGACGCGAUUCGGUCUUUCGCCCGCGGGAUUUGUGCCAGUGCCGCCUUUGGCGAUGGGUACACGAUCCCCUUGUGCAGCGGGCCGGCGGCCUCCACGGCCCUCCACUUCCCGGCGAAGAGCCCCUACCAUGCGGCCUAUCCCUUGGCCUUGGCCCUUGAGCUGCUCAACUCCGUGCACCAUCUGGCCGAGGGGGCCAGCCACCGCCCUCCCCUGCCGCCGGUGGAUUUGUCCCAGUUUUCCGAUGGGCCCGUGCUGGCGGCGCUGCUGGCGCCGGCUGUUCAGCCGGCCACCUGGGCCGACCUCCAGCCGAAGGUGGCGCGAAUGGAUGCGGCCUCCCGUCGGGGCCGGCGCUUUGUCGUCCAUGGCGGCUUCGAGGAAUUCCGCGAUGAUGGGACAGCAACCCCGACGCCGGCCGAGGCGGCCGAGGUGCGGGCCGCCCUGCCUCCGGGGCUGGAGAUGAUGCUUGCCCGCGGGACGGAUGCCCGAUUCGAGCGUAUCUUCGAUGUCCGGGCCCCUGAGCAUUCGCCCGGCGGAGCGACCUCGGGCCCGGUCCUUCCGCCAUACCGGCCGGCCGAUCGGCCGCGCGCGCGGCUCCCCAUGUUGACCGCCUUCGCCGGGGCGCCGAUCCCUGUGACGGCGCGCGCGCCGCAUUGCUUUGCCCCGGGCCCGGCGACCGGGACAGCAGCCCGGUCGCAAGCGGCUCUCCUGCAUCUGGUCCAGGAUCAACGCUUUGAUGGGCGCGAUCUGCUUUUGGCCCUGGCCGACCGGGGGCUGGCUCGACGGGCCGGCUUUGCCGGUGAGCGUUCUGAUGCUGAUGACUGGUGGCUGGAGCAGCUCCAUUCGUGGGCAUCUCGGUGAAUAUGUACCAGAAUACCAUUCCCUGGAUCUGUCACUUUUGGCAGCUGCCUGCAUACACACCCCUCAAUCA